AUGAGUAGACCAAGGCGUAAUAUCGAAAAAUUUUCUUGUACAACAUCACGUUUUCUUUUACCAACAUUUCGGCGUCCAUGUUAUCGUGAAAUAAUCACAACAAAUAGUAUAUGUGAUCCAAAACAAGAAGUAUUUUCAGAAUGGACUAAAGAAGAUGGAGAAUAUUACAACACGAUUAACACAGCUCUGCUUAAUGAUGAUUAUCAAGUAUUGAAAAACAAUGUACGAUUUAUCAAUAGUUUAAGAAUGGCAAUUAAAAAUAAUAAUGAAAAUGAACCUGUUAAAGUUUAUCGUGGAUUAUCUCUUGAUCCUGAGCAUGUAAAACAUGAAUAUAAAGUAGGUUUAAAAUUUUUAUGGCCAACAUUUACAUGUACAUCAAGAAAUAGAGAUGUAGCGCAUGAUUUUGGUAAUUAUAUAUUUGAGAUCAAUGCGUCAAAAAAUGAUUGGACAUAUCGUAGUGAUAUUUCAAAAUAUUCUAUCUAUCCAGAAGAACAAGAAGUUUUAUUCUAUCCAUAUAGUGGCUAUGUUGUUAAAGAUAUUAUAUAUGAUGCAAAAAUAAUUCAAUUAAAAUGUAUUGAUACACUAAAAGUUGAAUCGAGGUCUAAUAGACGUAUUCCAUCUUGUGUUAAAAUUUUUGAUUCAUCAAGAAAUAUGUUCGUUUAUUUCUAUAAAGAUAGUAGUGAUAUCCAUUGUUCAAGUGCUGAAAAACCAAAUGAAAUCUUUUUAAUUGCACAAAAUAUGAAUGGCUACUGGGAUGCACCUUAUCGUUAUCAUCAUCGUAAUGGAUAUUUUUUAGAUAAGGGAAAUAAUCAAUGGGAAGAAUAUCAAAACAAUAAGCUUUAUGCAAGUCCAUCACAUUUCUCACGUGUAACACAUCUAUCUUUAUAUUUUCCUUCGAAUUUUGGUAAUGAAACCACUCGUAUUUAUUAUAUUGGUCUUUGUGGUGAAUAUCUUGGUGAAGUUCAAUUUAAAGUAGUCAUUACAACCUAUGAAGCUACACCGCAAUUGAAAGAUCAUAAAGUCGAUGAUUUUCAGCCAGGCACUCGCGAAAUACAAUAA